UAAAGAUUAAGGAGCUUGUCUAGGUAUCCCUGGGAAAUAAAACUUCAAGGAUGUCUCAGAAAUAACAGUACUCAGGUAACAGCAGAUAUUGUUAAUGUGAAUCCACCUUUUCUCCUUACGUGUUCUUGCUGUGCUUUUAAGUUACUCAGUCACGUGCUUCUGCUCCUUAGAAAACUCCAUGGAAGAAAACAGGAACUGUUUUUGUGCUCAGUCACAGAUGUCACCACGGAACUUUUCUUAUCCCCUGCCCUGGUGAGGCUUGGGCGUCUCUCACAAGACAUCAAAAAGCCGCAGGAAACAUUGCAGUGCGGAGGAGCGCAGCUGGCCUCACUCCCCCUUCCCGUGCUUGGGGAUGGAGAGAGGGGGCGUCUCAGUCACUGUGGCAGCCAGGUGCCUUUAAAAAAAAUACCCAAAAUUCUUAACGGCACACGAAUUCUUAAAGCAGCACCGAAAGUUACCUUUCUGGAAAGGGGACAUCAGAAUCUUUUGAAGCUCCCUCUGCUCUCAAGAAGGGAGAGAAACAAGCAUCCAUCGUACCGCCAGUGACGGGCCCUCACGGAGCGUGGCCAGCGCUGCGGCUGUGUUUGUUAUUCAACUGCUGAGUCCGCCCCGGGGCGGAGCGGCCUUGGCCAUGGCCGUUCCCCCUUCCUCCGCCGCCGCCGCCCCUCACGGAGCAGUCCCGCCGGCCAUGGGCGAGCGCCGGGGCCCGGCGGCGCCGCAGGAGGCGGCGGGCCCGGAGCGGAGCUCAUCGAGUGCUGCUGAAAAUGGUUCUGACCUUGAUGAAGAACCUCUACUCAGAAAAAAUCCCCGCCGGUUCGUCAUCUUCCCCAUCCAGUAUCCAGACAUAUGGAAGAUGUAUAAGCAGGCUCAGGCCUCCUUUUGGACAGCAGAAGAGGUUGAUUUGUCAAAGGACCUUCCUCACUGGAACAAGCUGAAAGCAGAUGAAAAAUACUUUAUCUCUCAUGUUCUGGCAUUUUUUGCAGCCAGUGAUGGAAUUGUAAAUGAAAAUCUGGUGGCACGUUUCAGUCAGGAGGUGCAGAUCCCAGAAGCUCGUUGUUUCUAUGGCUUCCAGAUUCUCAUUGAGAAUGUUCACUCAGAGAUGUACAGCUUGCUCAUAGACACCUACAUCAAAGAUCCCAAGAAAAGGGAUUUCUUGUUUAAUGCUAUUGAAACAAUGCCUUGUGUUAAGAAGAAAGCAGACUGGGCUCUGAAGUGGAUUGAAGACCGAGAAUCCACUUUUGGUGAGAGAGUGGUUGCCUUUGCUGCAGUGGAAGGCAUCUUCUUUUCGGGUUCCUUUGCUGCUAUAUUUUGGCUGAAGAAGAGGGGCCUGAUGCCUGGAUUGACUUUCUCCAAUGAACUUAUUAGCAGAGAUGAGGGUCUGCACUGUGAUUUCGCUUGUCUAAUGUUCCAUUAUUUAGUGAACAGACCAUCAGAAGAGCGAGUGUGUGAGAUCAUCGUUAAUGCUGUAGAGAUUGAGCAGGAGUUUCUAACUGAGGCAUUACCUGUGGGUCUGAUUGGAAUGAAUUGCACCUUGAUGAAACAAUACAUUGAAUUUGUUGCAGACCGGUUACUGAUGGAGCUUGGGUUCUCAAAGGUCUUUAAUGCAGAAAAUCCUUUUGAUUUCAUGGAGAAUAUUUCUCUGGAAGGAAAAACAAAUUUCUUUGAGAAGCGGGUUUCGGAAUAUCAACGUUUUGCUGUUAUGGCAGAAACAAUGGACAAUGUCUUUACUCUGGAUGCAGAUUUUUGACAAAUUGGCAAAUGAAUGGUGACUGUUUCCCUCUCCUCAUCUCCCUUUAUGCUGUGAAGUUGAUUUAAUUUCUUCUCAUGGAAAUCAGAGUCUACUGGGAUAUUUUUCCUGGGUUUUCAUGUUGUUUGUCAGAGGAGUAAAUAUAUUUCUCUCUGUGUCAUUUGAAAAACAAAAGGGGGAUUGUUUGUAAAAACUUUUGGCUUUGUAAAAGGAUGGCCUUUUUAAGAUUCCCUUGACUCAUCUGCUGUUAAUGCUGUCUUUAAAAAUGACAUGGAAUGGAUGCUACUACUUUUUAAAGAGUUCAGUAGUGUUUUAAGAAAGCAAACUGUAUAUUUACUUCAUGUUAUGGUAUUUUAAUCUGAAAACCAGCUGAGGCAUCACUCCAUGUAAAAAUGUUGCUAUAAAUUAUUUUCCUCUUUCCUGUUUUCAUGUUUAUAGAUUUGGUAUAGAGUAAAAGCUCUUCUGUUUCAUCCUGUUGCAGAUACAGUAAUAAUUGAAUGUGGGGAAACCUUAAUGAGGUCUGAACUAUAGAAUGUUAUUAAACCUGGGAAUUAUGGGCAAUCUCCCCAUUAACCUGGCUUCUGGUCUGAAAAAAAUUUUACUCAGAUUGGAAAACUGGUGGGUCUUGGAAGGCAUUUAAUUCAAAUGCAUGUGAUUCACAGCUGUUACUGAACAGGUCAGUGGACUUUGAAUGGUCCUUGAAAAGGCACACCUGUUAACAGUGGAGAAAUACCACAUCCUGUAGUUCUUUGGCUUGUGCUGCCUGUUUUCCCAUGCUUCACUGAUCAAGUGCCUUAUUAAGCAAUCUGUAGUUGUAUUUGUAAUCAUCUGACACUGAAACAGCCAGCUCCGGGUGUUGUCCAUCUCCCCUUGUUGUGCUGGGUGGUUUGAUAUUCUCCCUUUCUUGGUUGCACUUGUGCACUGAAGGGGUGAGAAGACAUGUCAUUCCAAGGGAUUAUCCCUUGAGGUGCUACAAACAGACUCCUGGGGCUGUAAGGAAGUACCCAGUAAUGUAUGCAGGUACAUCAGGUUGUGUGUCUGAUCUGAAUCAUUGGAACCAUUGUCACAGAAGAGCUUCUGAAAGAAGGUAUUAAACAUUUAAAAAACAAAACAAAAGUAGUAUGGAGUAGCAGCAUCUUACAAAGGACUGUUUGGUUUUUGAUUGUGUGCCUGAAAACUGUUUGUAAUUUUUUGAUACCACAUGGAGAAAAUAGAUUGAAGAGUGGUUAAUGCACUGCAGUGGUGCUUGGGGUGGGACGGAUGCUAUUCAGCUGUACCUGACUUAUCUGCAAAUAAAUAGGCUCUUUUUUCCAAGAUGAAGUGAAUAUACAAGAGCUAGGCAAAGGGUUCUGCUUUAUUAAACCCAAGCAUUUUUCAUAAUAUUCAUAAUUUUUGGAAGAGCUUUUGUAAGUCUUACGGUUGCAAAUAUCUUGUGCUGCUUUUGAUAUACCUGGCAUGAGCCAAACUAACAGCCCAGGGUUAUCAGUGAUGGGGUAGCACAAGUGUUAUUUCCCUGCCAGCCCAGAUCAGCCAUAGUCCUGGGUACCUGAGUUCCAUGGAACAGGUCCACUGCCUUAGCAUAGUUCCCAGUGAACAACUGUCCCUGCUGUAAAAAUAAGCAGCAAAAUUCACUCUGUUUUUUUAGUCUCUUUUUAGUAAAAGAUCAGGAGUAUGUACUGAACAUGGAAAUGGAACAGCUUUUUGUUUUCCUAGAGAAGAGCCUGCAUCAUGUGACAUAAGGUACUUGGAAGAGAGCAGAGUGGAACAUUGAGAAUACAGAGAAAAGCUGGAGCUUGGUGGCCCUCACUAACAUCCUGAAACUGCAAGAGAACUGUGGACUCAGUGGGAAAACUCAAUGCCUUUUGGAAAUUCUGAGUUGAUAGGGCAGAAGGAGAAAAUACUGUAAAUGCGUCUGUUGUUGGAGUAAUGGAACCUAUUAUGUCACUGAAAGUACUAAAAAGUAUUUAUUUUGAGUGUUGUGAAUUAUGAUGAGAGUAUAGAGAGUGUUCUAAUAUGAAACUGCAAUGUGCUCAGGUUCUGUAAAUGUCUGUGAGAUACCAAAGUCUGGUACAACAGCUCCCACUUGAUUUGUAUGUAAAAUAUGUGUUGUUCAAUAAAAUCUGAGUGUGGGGAAACCCAUGCCUUCAUUUACAAAUUA